AUGUUCGGCAGCUCUAUACAGGCCGGCGCAGUAUUAAUUGACACGAACGCCGACUCCUCACAAGCGUUGACAGCAAGUCUCGGUCCAGCUUACGUCCCGAUUACCUUUUCUAAGUCGCUCCUCGCUUUUCGCUACAAAGCUUGCGCUCUCUCGGAAAAUGAGGACAAAUCCAGAAAGGUUACCAAAGAAAUAAUUCAGGUCCUCAGACAUGAGACUAUACAUGGAGCCUCGAGCUCCUACAUUGUAGGUACGCACGACCAUCAGAACGAAGAAGGCGCUUCAGAACAGACUAGCAAGUGGGAUGACUUGAGUCCUAAGUUGCGUGCUUCUCCAUUAUCUCGGCCCGGGAAUUUGCCCACGGUUGUCAUAGCGAAGAGCGAGCAGGUCAACAUGGCCGAGAAGGAGCGAAGACCUACCCACUGCAGACGAAUCGCUUACAACGACAGUCACCCGCUGGAAAGACGUCGCCAACUUAGAGAUACCAGCCUCGAUCGCCUCUGUACAGAAUGGAGGUCUCAUAUCCUCCUCCGCGAUGGAGCAUUCAUCUGCGGCAAUGACAGCUGUAUCAAUCGACUGCCGCGACGAGGCCCUGCCCACAUCGGUGACGACCAGGAAGGAGUCGAUCCGAAGAACUCGCACUGCUACUGUGGCGUAGCAUCGAGACGAAGGAAGAACAGGCAUGGCAUUGAGAGAGAGGAAUGCGCGGCACUUCGUUGCGAAUACCAGGGCGAAGAAGAGAAGCAGACGCGAAAGCUCAACAUUCGCUUUCCCAAGGUCGACUGGGUUGCACAUAUCAGAAACAGUGCCGGAGCUACAAGAAAUCACAUGUCACCAGAAUUGUCGGCGGAAACGGCACAGUUCAUGAAGCGGACCGACUCUACUGACUCUCUGUUCCCACACUACGGACGAGCAAAUGGCCAGGUGACACCAGGAACAACGACACCGAGAGAAGGGCUCAGCCGGCGCAACUCGAUGACAUUUUCCCAAGCGAACUUGACGAUGACUAAGAUCGAAAUGAAAAUGGGAGUUAUCCAGGCGCAAGGAAUCGAUAAUUCUGUCUCUAUCGCUUAUCGCAGUCUGAGGUGUUCACGGGUGUUCAGGAAAGAGACCCAAGCUCCUCAACGUGGAGAUCGAGAACAAAUCAGAUUAGUACCCGGUAGCGCAUGCCUGAGCGCGCAGGGGGAAGCAGAUAUUCCUAUUGCAUUGGCCGAGCAUCGAAUCCUAGGUAAGAUUCUGCCAGGUGGCAGUUAG